AUGAAUAAGAUUUAUAAUAUUACUUUUCUUUUCAUUCUUUUAAACUUAUAUAUAAAUGAAAAUAACUUUAUCAGAAAUGAACUUAUAAACGAAAAAAACCAUAAUUUAAGAAAUGGUUCAAUGUAUAAUAACGAUAAAAUAUUAAGUAAAAAUGAAGUAGAUACUAAUAUAGAAAGUAACGAAAAUAGUAUUCACGAAUCUGGACAUAAGAUUGAUGGGGAAGAAGUUUUAAAAGCUAAUGUAGAUGAUAUAACAUACAAAAAAAAAAAUGUUGAUGAUUCAGAAAUUCCUUUUUCUGGUUAUGAUAUACAAGCAACAUAUCAAUUUCCUUCUACAUCAGGAGGAAAUAAUGUAAUUCCACUUCCUAUAAAACAAAGUGGAGAAAAUCAAUAUACUGUUACAUCUAUAUCAGGUAUUCAAAAGGGAGCAAAUGGUUUAACUGGUGCAACAGAAAAUAUUACACAAGUUGUACAAGCAAACUCUGAAACAAAUAAAAAUCCUACUUCUCAUAGUAAUAGUACUACAACUUCUCUGAAUAAUAAUAUACUUGGAUGGGAAUUUGGAGGAGGUGCUCCUCAAAAUGGAGCUGCAGAAGAUAAAAAGACAGAAUAUUUACUAGAACAAAUAAAAAUUCCAUCAUGGGAUAGAAAUAACAUCCCCGAUGAGAAUGAACAAGUAAUAGAGGACCCUCAAGAAGAUAAUAAAGAUGAAGAUGAAGAUGAAGAAACAGAAACAGAAAAUUUGGAAACAGAAGAUGAUAAUAAUGAAGAGAUAGAAGAAAAUGAAGAAGAUGACAUAGAUGAAGAAAGUGUAGAAGAAAAGGAAGAAGAGGAAGAAAAAAAGGAAGAAGAAGAAAAAAAGGAAGAAAAAAAAGAAGAAAAAAAACCAGACAAUGAAAUUACAAAUGAAGUUAAAGAGGAACAAAAAUAUAGUUCACCAAGUGAUAUAAAUGCCCAAAAUUUAAUUUCUAAUAAGAAUAAAAAGAAUGAUGAAACAAAAAAGACUGCUGAAAAUAUAGUUAAAACAUUGGUUGGAUUAUUUAAUGAAAAAAAUGAGAUAGAUUCUACUAUAAAUAAUUUAGUACAAGAAAUGAUCCAUCUAUUUAGUAAUAAUUAA